CAUUUGUCAUGUCAAAUUGACAUUUUAAUUUGUUGCGAAAAUGGCGAAAAAUAAAAAUAAAUAAUUACAAUAAAAAUCUGUACAUAAAUUGUAAAAGUGUAAUAGUUCUUUCAAAAAUUUUAUUUGUUUCGCUAAAAUUGUCGCUCGUCAAAGUGAAGACAAAUUGUGGAAGUUACAAUGCUAUUCGCUAUGCGUCGCGAGUGAGGGGCGCGAUGUUGCCGCUGCGGCUGCGGCGCGUCGCCGGCUACGACGGGCGCGCCAACGACGUGCUGUUCCACCCGCCCGCGCAGCCGCCCGCCGCGCCCGCCGCCGACCCCGCGCCCGCCUCCGCUCGAGCCACCGCGCCCGCGCCCGCUCGCGCGCUCGUGUUCUUCGGCGGCGACGUACAGGACUACCCGGAGGUGAUGCAGGCGCACCGCGACAACAGGAACUACAUCAAGUGGAACCUGGAGAACACGGCGCGCGUGCUCGCGCACGACUUCCCCGCGCACCACGUGCUCGUCGUCAAACCCACCAGGAUAGAAUACAAGAGCUUCAGCUGCUACGACAACUUCGUGCCGAGCAACAACGCGGGCGUGCCCGACCACACGCCCACGCACAGCGCGCUCCACCAUCUUGAAAGAUUAUUACAAAACGUGGGCAACAGAAUAAAAUCAAUGCCCGCCGCAGAACUGCUCGAAGCGGUGUCGUCCGUGUCGCUACCAGAAGAGAUUGACAUAGAGGAAUUGCAUAACGCGUCGAUCCACCGCGGGGGCGAGGCGAAGGCCAACGGCGCCGGGCAGGGCGCGGCGGCGGACACUCACAAGCCAUAUUUGGACCCCCUGUGGUGGCGCGAUAAGAUAGCACUGGACGAGUGCGCGCUCACGCUGGUGGGCUUCAGCAAGGGCUGCGUGGUGCUCAACCAGCUCAUCUAUGAGUUCCACUACACCAAGACCCUCACCCCCGGAGACGUGCAUAUGAUGAGGUUUAUAUCUCGCAUCAAGGACAUGUACUGGCUGGACGGCGGCCACGCGGGCGGCAAGAACACGUGGAUCACUUCGAGGAGCCUGCUGGAGACCUUGACCAGACUUGACGUGAACAUCUUCGUGCACGUGAGCCCGUACCAGGUGCAGGACGAGGGCCGGCCGUGGAUCGGCCGGGAGGAGAAGGCCUUCACCGGGCUGCUCAACAAGCUUGGAGCCAAGGUGCACAGGUACCUGCACACACAGAGCGACGCGCCGCACUCGCUGCACAUGCACUUCGACGUGCUCGCGCUGUUCCGGCGCGCGCAGCAGGCCGCGCCGCCCGCGCCGCCCCCGGCCUCCGACGAGGAGCCCUAGCAUUCUACUCUCCACUUGCACUGCACUUUGCCUCGUACUCUACACCAGCAUACAGUCCGGAGCGCGGGACUACGACGAGGAGCCCUACGGACGUCUGCGUGGUGCCGAUUGGAACUCCCUCUACGAAUUGCACAACUCUGUGUAACUAUGUUUAUUAUAUUUUAAGACGCCAAUAUAUUUGUUGUAUAUUGUAUAGGUAUUUAAAAUUGAUAAAGAAAUUUUGAAUUCCUAAAAAAAAUGCUAUCUUUUGAUGUUUACAAAAUUUGUUAUCAAUGCCCUGAAUGUUUUUUGAUUUUUUGGAUUCGUACCAAUCGAUAUACAGACUCCAAUAAUGCUAUACUUUUGAGGUAUUCACUCAAUUUUAUAUAUAUGAGUACCUCACGAAGACCAUUGUAAUUGUAGUUUUACGUGCCAUUCAGUAUUCAAAAUCGGGAAAGAGGAAUUUAUUUAUAUUACUGGGUGUGUUAUAAUUGUGACAGACAAAAAAAAUUUAAUUAUAGUCUUAUGGCGUAUUGGAUCUAUAAAAUUUAUGUCCAGCUCCUGAUGGCUUAAUAAAAAAUCACUGAAAAUUUCAUUUUUGUCAAAUUUCAAAUUUGUCGGUUGUAAAUAAUUUACCUAAUUCGCGGUUUUGUAUACUGAAUGGUAAUGUGAAAUAAAUAAAUGUAUAGAAAAAUAAAAUGACGUACCUUACCUUCUCUUAACAUUGUAGUGGUACACACAUUAUAAAUGAUUUAUUUUUAUUUUUGCUGAAUACAUUCCUCUUAUGUAUAUUUAUAUCUAAGUAAAGCAGGAUUUUCUAUGGCUUAGAAACUCAUCAUCAAUUUUUUUUUAAGCCUUCUGCAAAACGUUAUCGGCCAUGAUGUUUCAUGACGUCACGUAAACGCUAAACCUUAACCGAACGGUUUAGUGUUUGACAAAAUUAUUAGUUUGACGUUUAUUCCUUGACAUCAAGUGACAUCGUGACGUCACAAACGGAUGACAGCGUUUUUGACGUUUGGAAAAAUUGAAAAAAAGUACAUAAUUAUUUAAUUAAGUUUUCUAUGAAAUCCUUAACUUUUAUUAAUUAAUAUCGAUCAAAAAUUCAUAUACUAUACGAAAUUGAUAUUGUUUAUAUUUUUGAUAUGAGUCAACUACCCUAUUGUCGCAACUACUCAAAAACUAUGCUACAGGGUUUCACUUAGUUCGUCGCUCCUAUUAAAUAAAAAAAUAGGUAUAUUUGGAAAUUAGUUGGCAAAUUGUAUUGUCCUAUAUCGUGCUUCAUGAGACCAAUACCUAUUAUAAAAGUAAAUAAAUUAAAUUUAUUUCAUCAUGAUUUAUUGUCACGUGGCUUCGCUAAUAAGUUUUGACUUCAAAACUUCGUGACAUAACGACAUAAAGGUUGUGAUUUAAUUUUUUUGAAUUUUGCCAUGACAUAAAAUCUAAAAGUACCUUAUUUUGCCUAGACUCCCAAUCAAUUUGAAUGUAAGCCUAGAAUACCCUACAAAAUUACUAUAAUUAUAGAUAUUGUUUUAUUUAUUGUAUAGGUAUGUAUGUUCUAACAUUUCUUAAAAUUAAUGUAGCUAUUAAAAAAGUUUUUUUUCUAGAUGUACAAAAAAAUCUGUAACUUCUGUAAGUUUGGUUCUACAAUCGAUGUGUAUAUAAAAAUUAAAAAUGUAUUAAGGGUUGAUUCACGAUACACUAUGUAUCAAAAAUAACUAUAAUAGCUCAUAUGUAUAACUUAAUUCGACAUUAACUGUUAAAGUAAGCGGCACGGUAACGUGAAUCCAUCUCUAAUGAUUAUUUCGCAAAUAAAAUAUAUAUUUUCUGUCA